UCAAGCCAGAAAGUUGAGCUGCAGUUUAUUUAUCUUCUGAAAAUGGACGAGGACGAGGCACAAAAUCAGAGACUUAAAGCUGCUGUGCAUUACACUGUCGGCUCUCUCUGCCAACACAUCGCUGAGGACUGCGAGAAACAAAUCACUAAACAGACAAUAGCGGCUAUAGCGGAGACUGCGUUCAGACAGUGCGACAUUUUUGCCAAGGACUUGGAAGCAUUUGCUAGACAUGCUAAAAGAAACACAGUUACAGUGGAUGACGUGAAACUUACAGCAAGGAGAACCACUGCACUGUACAACUAUAUUCAACAAAAAAGUGAGGAACUGGCUCUAAACAACCAGGAAUUGAAGGAGAAGAGGAAGAAAAAUGCUGCUAAGAGGAAGAGUAAAGACAUGGAAGCAGAGGAGAAUGAUGUUGAAGACUGAUCAAGAUACAUGUCCAAAAUUAUUUUUCCUUUAGUUGUAUAAAGUAUUUUGCCUUGAAUAAAAAACAACUGUGUAGAUAUGUAAACCAACAAUCACAUUAAACACUUUACACCAAUAAUCUUGUCUUACUCAAGCAUGAGUUCAUUUGUGCUUUAUUGCAAUUAUAAUAAAUCCUGUAAACAUGACUUGAUUGAAUGUCUAUGAAACAAUACAGAUUCUCUCAAAUGUUUAUAUUUUACACAUUUAAAAAGCAGGGUUUCUGUGGGUACCAGGUAUAAAUAUGCCCAAUUCAACAAUUAAAGCUUUAAAAGAGUCUUAAAUCAGCAGAAAGUUUCAAUUUAAUGAAGUCAGCACUAAAUUACAGAUGCACUGAAAGCAAUUCAUCUAAACAUUCUCAAAUCAAGAUGCAUUUACGUGAGAUACAAAAUGAGAGGGGAAUUGUUAGCAGGGUAUCUGUGGGGGA